AUGCCAACCCACGAGGCUGCGGAUGACAAAUCCUUCCGAGACGAGUGUUCACCCAUGAGCAGCUGCAAGGCAGCCAACUUCCCUUUCGGACACUCCGCAGUGGAGGCUAGUUUUCCCCCCAGUGGGCUACAGUUCCACCCUCCUCCUCCUCCGCCUCCGAAACCCGAAUGUGGCGCAAGAAUAAAAAAAACUGGAAAUACUGCUGUGACCGUCUUUAAGCCGACUUUCAAGGUUCCGACUUCCAUGUUGUUUACCUCAUUUGCCUCCCUUCACCCUGCUGCCGCUGCUUCCCCUAUGCCCAAAGUCGCUGAUCACCAAGUGCCCCAGUAUGAGUCUCCAAAUCUUGUCAGUGGUGGCCGCGACCAGUGGAGAAGAUACUGUUAA